AUGGGUCCAAAGAAGCAACAAGAAUUAUCGACUAUGCGGCGACUAUUUGGUGUUGAAAUGGCUGAUUUUCAAUCAUGGUCGAGUUUUGUUAAACUAAUGAAUCGCCCAGAAGAUCCAAGUUCAUUAGCAGCAUUUCGUAUCUUAUUUGGCAUUCUGAUGAUGCUGGAUAUUCCUCAAGAACGUGGUAUGUCUCAUGCUGAUCUUUACUAUCCAAAUGAAGAUCGAGAGUGUCAAUUUCCAUUAUUUAAUUUUCUCGAGCCAUUCCGUGCUGAAUACAUGGUUGUCAUUUAUUUCAUCAUGUUUCUCGGUGCUGUUGGCAUCACUCUUGGCUUAUUUUAUCGUUGCUCUGCAAUCAUUUUUGCAAUAACAUACUGGUAUAUUUUUCUUCUUGACAAAACAUCAUGGAACAAUCAUUCGUAUCUAUAUGGUCUACUUGGUUUUCAACUAAUAUUUUUUGAUGCACAUCAUUACUGGUCAAUCGAUGGAUUAUUGUUUCGAAAAAAAAUUCGUAAUUCCCAUGUACCAUUAUGGAAUUAUACAUUGCUUCGAUAUCAAAUAUUUCUUGUUUAUUUUAUUGCUGGUUUGAAAAAAACCGAAUGGGAUUGGGUUGCUGGAUAUUCAAUGGAUUCAUUAGGUGAUCAUUGGGUAUUUUCACCAUUUCGAACAUUUAUGACAAUCGAACAAAUUACAUGGUUGCUUGUGCAUGUUUGUGGUUUACUCUUUGAUCUAUUCAUUGGUUUUGCUCUCUUUUUUGACCGCUCACGGCCGAUUGCCAUUGUCUUUUGUGCCGCUUUUCAUACUAUGAAUUCACAAAUGUUUAAUAUCGGUAUGUUUCCCUAUACCAUGCUUGCUACGAUUCCCGUAUUUUUUCAUAAUAAUUGGCUAAGAAAAUUCGUCAAUCGUGUUCUACCAAAAUUUCUAUAUAAAGAAGAACCAGUACAAUAUAGUUCAUCGUGUUUAUAUUCAAAAGAAGAAAUCAAACCAGAAGAAUCAAAAACGACAUCAUUAAAAUCAGCAAUUGCAAAUGCUACUUCGGUAAAACAUGCACCUGUUAAAGCAACAUUUCGUCAUAAAAUGUUGACAAUUUUUGCACUUCUUUAUCUUACUGAACAAGCAUUUUUACCAUAUUCACAUUUUAUUACUAAAGGUUAUAAUAAUUGGACAAAUGGUCUUUAUGGUUAUUCAUGGGAUAUGAUGGUACACAGUUGGCAUACUCAACACGUAAAAAUAACUUUUAUUGAUAAAUCUACUGACGAAGUUCAUUACUUAAAACCAACAGCAUGGGCAUCAGCAAAACGAUGGAGUUCUCAUGCCGAUAUGAUUGUUCAAUAUGCUCAAUGUAUAAAAGGAAAAUUGAAAGAACAUAAUUAUGAUGAUGUUGAAAUUCGUUUUGAUAUCUGGCGUUCAAUGAAUGGACGAUUUAAUCAACGACAAAUCGACCCGCGCAUUGAUUUACUUUCUGCAGAUGUUAAAUGGAGUACAUUUGAAGAUACACCAUGGUUACAACCGUUAUUAACAAAUUUAAGUGAUUGGAGAACACGAAUGCAAAAAAUUGAAAAUACAUUAUCAAGCAAAGAUCAAAAUGUUCUCGUAACAUUUGUUGCUGAUUUUCCAGGUCUCUUUCUUGAAAAUUACAUACCUCCGGAUUUGAAUACAACUAUUGAAGUACUUGAAGGUCAAAUUAUAGUUGAAUUAAUAAGUUUAAAGAAAAAUAUUACUUUAAAUGUUGGAGAAAAUACGACAGUACCAAAUGGAGAUUAUCAUAAUGUUCACACAGUAUCACCAACACCUUCAUGUUAUAUGUAUGUUUAUUUAAAUCAAUCGGAUGCUGAUAUCGUUCAAUUAUGGGAUCGAUUUUAUAAUUUAACUGAUCGAUUACUGAAUGAAACAAUUGUACGUAAUCGUCCUUUGCACAGUGAUAAAGAAGAAGCUGAUCUUGUUCGUCUGUCAUAUGAAAAUGUUUUUGAAGAAUUACGUCAUAAAACAAUUCAUGAAUUAUUAGAAAUUCCAAUUGAUUAUAAAAUUCAUAACAAAAAUGAAACAAGUACAAAUUGGACUAAUAUUCGUUUACAAUUUGAAACCAGUAUGAAUCGAUCAAUAGUUAAACGUUUAGAUUCAAAAGUUAAAGUACAAGAACGAACUCUUCGUGUAUUUAAAGCAUUGAUGAAUAGAAAAAAGAAACAAUUUUUACGAUGUUAUCACAUUGUAAAAGUUGCUUUCAAAAGUAUCAUCUUUCGUAAAGACUUCAUGCAAUUAGUUGACGAUGAAAUCAAUAAUGUUGACGACGAAAGUGGAUCAAAUACUAUUGUUACUGAAGAAUCUCCGCCUCCAUCUUCAUCAAAACCGUUGUCUUCGAAGAAAACCUCAUCAACAAAUGGUAAAACAAAAAAAAAGCAAAUCAAAAAAUAA